CCAUUUAGUUUCUUUGCUUUCUACUCUUAACCCUUUCUCCUCCACUCCUUGAGAAUUCAUCCAAAAAUAUGGUACAAAGUGUGUAAUUUAAGAAGGGCAUCCAGGGUUGAGAGUUGUGGGUAAAUGGAGUAGCAGAAUAAAGAGGCUGGGUACAUGCAUAAAACCAUUUGAAGUACCAUGCCUUUGAUUUAGAAUGCACAGAAAUGUAGACUUCUGGAAAAGGGAAAAGAGAAGAGACCUUGCAAGAUCUAGAGAACCUAAGAGGUAUGAUUAAAGGAGUGAAAGUGCUGAGGGAGAAAUAGCAAGCCCAGAGGGACGCUCUCUGUCUCAUGCCUGUGUUAUCAUUUCCUCCCUAUUAGUCUCUAGGUCUGUGAGUGGGAGACAGUACUGUUACUCUUGUGUUAGUUUGUGAAGUCGUGUGUGGGGACUUGAAGCAGUUCAAGCGAUAGAGUUAGUAUGGUGGGAAAAACAGGCAGUGAGGUGUAGGAGAACAAGGGCUUUGGAGACAAAUAGUUUGGUUCACAUCCUUACAUCUUUUAAAAAAAAAAACACAUUAAAAUAGAUUUUUAGAGAGAAGAAAGGAGAGAAAGAAACAUUGACGUGAGAAACAUAAGCCGGCUGCCUCUCACAUGUACCCAGAUCAGAAAUAGAUCCCACAACCUUUUGAUGACAGGAUGACACCCCAUUCAACUGAGCCACACUGGCCAGGGCUUACAUCUUUAUUUCCUCACUUUGACUGUAGAUAAGUCAUUUCACCUGUCUGAACCUUAAAUAUGGAACUAAUACCCAUCUCCUAGAAUUGGUGUUCAGGGUUAAAUAAGAUAUUUAAAAUGCCUAAUUCUUAGAAGAUUUUGUGUAAAUAUUAAUAUAAAUGUUAGGUUGGUCCUGGGAUAGUUAAAUCUGGAGAUGAGAUUGGAUUAGAUGAUUUCCAGAGGCUUCAACUUUGUUUUAGAAGUCUGUUUAGAUGGCAUUUUAAGUAAGGCUAAUAUGUAAAAACACAACAUUUGGGCAGGGGUAGGGGCAUCAGAGCCCUACCCUCUCGUUUCUCACAGAUCUCAUCCCUACCUCUUCCCUGAGUCCGUGAGGAAUUUCUUCGAUUAUAAUUUGAAAACCACUCAUUUUAUAGGAAGAGUUCCACCUGGUGAGGGACCUCUCGAGAGUACCACUGCUCCCUGUGGUGGCAGAGCUGGAACAAAAUCCGUGGGCUCUUACUAUUGCUUUGGGAGUUUCCAAACUAUUGAGAGGGGGCCGUAAGCCUCCAUGGGCAGAGGGAAAGGCUGAACUCUGUUGCUAGAACAUCUCCUUCGGUCCAGAACUACAGGACGUGAGCCUUGUUUCCCAACGGAAGAGGAAGCCCGACAUACCAGUGCCCUACCUGUACUUCGACAUGGGGGCGGCCGUGCUGUGCGCGAGCUUCAUGUCCUUCGGAGUGAAGCGGCGCUGGUUUGCACUGGGGGCCGCACUCCAGCUGGCCAUUAGCACCUAUGCCGCCUACAUCGGGGGCUACGUCCAUUACGGGGACUGGCUGAAGGUCCGUAUGUACUCACGCACAGUUGCCAUCAUUGGUGGAUUUCUUGUGCUGGCCAGCGGUGCUGGGGAGCUCUACCGUCGGAAACCCCGCAGCCGUUCCCUCCAGUCCACGGGCCAGGUCUUCCUGGGCAUCUACCUCAUCUGUGUGGCCUACUCACUGCAGCACAGCAAGGAGGACCGGCUGGCAUAUCUGAACCAUCUACCAGGAGGGGAGCUCAUGAUCCAGCUCUUCUUUCUACUGUAUGGCAUCCUGGCCCUCGCCUUCCUGUCUGGCUACUACGUGACCCUGGCUGCCCAGAUCCUGGCUGUACUGCUACCCCCGGUCAUGCUGCUCAUAGACGGCAAUGUUGCCUACUGGCACGACACACGACGUGUUGAGUUCUGGAACCAGAUGAAGCUCCUUGGAGAGAGUGUGGGCAUCUUUGGGGCCGCUGUCAUCCUAGCCACCGAUGGCUGAGUUGCAUUGGGAGAAGCUGAAAUGGGUGCAGGGAGCCACUGAGUGCCACCCUACCUUUCUUGCUGGCCCAGUUACGUUUAUUUAUGCUUUUUUGGUCUGUUUGUUGGAUCCUUUGCUCUGUGUGUAUGUGUGUGUGUGUUGGUAAGAGACAGGUCUGUUCCCCAAUUCCUGGGCUCAGCCCUUGAUGGGGAAGCCCUGAUGAUGAUGCCUUACAGGGUUUUUCCCCCUGGUUGUUAGGAGGAGAGCUGAGGCCAGCUGCUCCCCUGGGUCUUAUGUCCCAGAGAAGAGAGUAAGGCGGCACUAGGGUAGGGGUACUGAGAGUGGGAGACAGAGAAAGGAAGACCUAAGAACUGGAAGUGAGCAGAAGUGAAAAAUUGCUUUUGAACUGGCAGAUGCAGCUAGGCUCUGCAGUGCUCUUGGACACUGAGAAUGAGUAUGCGUGCUGAUCGGUGGAUCAGGCCCUGGAGGAGCAGAGGGGCUGGUCUCCACAGAAGUCACAGGGUUCUCAGGAUAUGCCAGGGGCAGAAAUAACACUAGUUGUCUACCUUGAGAGCAGAGCAGGCCACAGCCUACUCGGGUGUGAAGGGGUGGGGCAGGCAGCGGCCAGCUUUCGGCUUCCUGCCUUCCGUUUCCAGCUCUGGAUAGCCUGGUGGGGGUGAGUACCCUCCCAAACACCAGACCACACAGUCCUCCAAAAAUAAACAUUUUAUAUAGACA